CAAUACGCAUCACGCAAGAGACAUUGUAGCUGUUUAUAAGAAGAAAAGAGCUUAGAAGAACGCGAAACAAUUGCCGUUGUCGAGCAACCCCUCUUCGGAAGAAGAUUUCGUCGCAGCACUCUUCAGUUUAGAAUAUGAUAGUGAGUCGCCGUGGAGUGAAUGCUGGACCGGCAUUGAGCUUGCCAUCUACACUGGAGGACUCUACGAAUAAUUGGAAAGGAACACCUUCGGGUCCGUCCGAUCCGUCGCAGCAACCCGGUGGACCGGGAGGCCCUGGUGGCCCGGGCGGUGGUGGAGGAGGUCCCGGCGGCGGAGGCCCUGGCGGUCAAGGUGGAGGCGUCAACAGCUUUGGUGGACCCGCGGGAGGGAACAAUUUCGGCGGGCCCGUGUUUCCUGCCGCCGGUCAGGGAUCCCCCGCGGGAGGAUCCGCGGCAAAUAACUAUGUCCCACCUGGCACUGGUUCGAAUACCCCGCAGUAUACGGCCUCUCCUGCUCCAUCGGGUUCCAGCACGCCUGGUCCCGGCCCGCAGAAUGUAGGCUCUGGGUUUCCUCCACCGAAUGCCGGCGGAGGCGGUCCCGGUCCUUACAAUGGCCCCGGGGGAGGUCCUGUCGCUGGUGGCCCAUUCGGUUCACCGUCCGCCAAUGGUCCACAGUUCGGUCGGCCGGGUAGUUCCGGCUCGGCCUUCGGCAGUGGACCUCACUUUACGUCGCCGGGUGGCCCCGGUAGUUUUGGUGGGCCACAGUUUGGUCUACCUCCUGGAUCGCCCUUCGGUCACGGGCCCAACGGCCCGCAGAUGGGUGGACCGAUGAACCAAGGACACAUGAUGGGAGGACCGCAGCCGGUUGAUCGAAUGGAUCAAAGGUUUGCUUACAGUCAAUUGAACGUUCCCAGAAGGCAUGCUUACUUCGGACAACCUGACUAUAGAAUAUAUGAAUUAAAUAAGCGAUUACAGCAAAGAACUGAAGAAAGUGAUAACUGUUGGUGGGAUUCAUUCGCGAAUGAAUUCUUUGAAGACGAUGCAACCCUAACACUAACAUUUUGUUUGGAAGAUGGACCAAAAAGAUAUACUAUAGGACGCACACUAAUUCCUCGUUAUUUUCGAAGUAUCUUCGAAGGCGGUGUAACUGAACUGUACUUUAACCUGCGACACUCGAAAGAGUCGUUUCAUAAUACAUCUAUUACGUUAGACUGUGACCAGUGCACGAUGGAAACGCUGCACGGGAAACCUAUGUACACCAAGGUGACUACCGAGGGUCGACUAAUACUAGAGUUCACCUUCGACGAUCUGAUGCGGAUAAAGUCGUGGCAUUUUGCGGUGCGGGCGCACCGAGAACUGAUACCCCGCUCAGUAGUGGCAAUGCAUACCCAACAGCCGGACCCGUCGAUGCUGGAGCAGCUGACGAAGAAUAUCACCCGGCAAGGAAUUACCAAUUCGACACUAAACUAUCUGCGCCUAUGUGUGAUAUUAGAACCGAUGCAGGAAUUAAUGUCUAGGCACAAAGCGUACGCGCUGAGUCCGCGGGACUGCCUGAAGACGACGCUGUUCCAAAAGUGGCAACGGAUGGUGGCACCGCCGGAUGCGCAACGGCCAGCCAACAAACGGAGGAAACGCAAGGGCUCCAGUUCCGGGGCGGGGGCGGGCAAUGCCGGACCGCCGGUGCCGAGUAAAAAACGAUCACCCGGGCCGAACUUCUCGCUGGCGUCGCAGGUGGACGUAAUGGUGGUGGGAGAACCCUCGCUGAUGGGCGGCGAAUUUGGCGAUGAGGACGAACGGCUCAUUACCAGGCUAGAAAAUACGCAAUACGAUGCGGCCAAUUCCCUAGAUCAUGAAAGUCACAAUGCGUUCGGUGGUCACAACGACUCGCCGAUGACGGGUCCGGGCGGCCCUGGGGGUCCCAACUCGUGGCAGGUGGAUCGGGGCGGUGGUCCGGGGGCACCGAACAACAGCGGGCCGGCCAGUCAAGAUUCGGACAAGAAGAGCCCGUCGGUGUCCCAGUGACAGUUGUAAUAUUAUAGGGUGAAGGAGGAGAACCCGUAGAGCAGAAUGCGGAGCGCACCCUAGCUGCGAAGCUCUACAAACUACCACCGCCCCUCUCUUCUUGGAACUGGCACCGUGACCGCGCAUUAUUACCAAGAAUCAAGACACAACCAAACCGGAUGCGAACACCGACACAAUAGCAGCAAGCGUAUGUUCAUCCUUUCCGCGCGAUUUCCGGUCGGGGUCCUAAUCCGGUAUCCGGAUUAUCCGACGGCGACGUGGGACGGAGGGCAUGCGCCAUCAGCGUCAUCGUCAUUAUCAUACGUUUCGGGUUCGUUUUGUGUGGAACGUGAGAGAACUGCUGAGGAGAACGUUUCCGUUCUGCUGUGGUUAAAAGAUUUCCUAGUCACCUGUCAUAA